AUGCUCGGCUCUCAAGGGCCCCCAGCCCCAUGCUCGGCUCUCAAGGGCCCCCAGACCCAUGCUCGGCCCUCAAGGGUCCCCAGACCCAUGCUCGGCCCUCAAGGGUCCCCAGACCCAUGCUCGGCCCUCAAGGGUCCCCAGACCCAUGCUCGGCCAUCAAGGGCCCCCAGACCCAUGCUCGGCCCUCAAGGGCCCCCAGACCCAUGCUCGGCUCUCAAGGGCCCCCAGCCCCAUGCUCGGCCCUCAGGGGCCCCCAGCCCCAUGCUGGGCCCUCAAGGGCCACCAGACCCAUGCUCGGCCCUCAGGGUCCAGAUUUUCUCGAGAUGUUGA